AAGUGCGUCGUUGCUCUCGCCGCCGCCGCUACCUGUGCCUCUGGCAGCCAUGAGCAAAAAGACGCAGGUCUCGUACGUGCCGCCGGCCGAGCCCGCUUUCCUGAGCCGCCUCAAGAGGGAGGUUGGGUAUCGGGAGGGGCCCACGGUGGAGACCAAGAGAGAGCAGCUCCCAGCUCCUGAGGAAGAUUGUGAGAGUGGCAGUGACAAAGAGGAUGAACAGCCCCAAGUGGUAGUACUGAAAAAAGGGGACCUGACCCCAGAAGAAGUGAUGAAAAUUAAACAGGAGAUCAAAGAUGCUUCAAAAUCAGAUGAAGAACCAGAGCCUGAUGAUGGAAAAAUUGUGUUCAAGAAGCCAAGUAAGCGUUCAUCAGAAGAGAAAUUUUCGGGCCUGACUGCAAGUUCCAGUAAGAAGAAAAAAGAAUCAAAGAAAACUAAGAGGGACUCAACACCCCCUCAGAAUGCAGCUAAACAAAUUAAAAAUAGCAGCCUCCUCUCAUUUGAUGAUGAAGAAAAUGAUGAUUAGGAGUUGUGCAUGUUUUUGUUUUGCAUACUUUCCCUUACAAGCAUUAGAGCAAAAAUGAGGUGCAUCUUUUAGGUGGAGACUUAGGGCUUGCUUCUCCUUUUACUCUGGGGUAAAUCCACUGAUGUCAGAGGAAGACCAUAUAAAACUGGUGUGAGGUGAGAGUCAAGCCCUAAUUUUUCAGUUCAGAUGGUACUGCAUGCACAGUAUUUUGGACUGUAUUUUUAAAAGAGAACUUAAAUGUGUGUGCAAAAUAAAACCCAUACAAAUGGCUGUUUAAGAUCCCAUAUAUUAGCAAUAUACUUGUGUACAUGUAAAACUUAUUAAUACAUUUGCAAACAAAAUAUUUUAAAAUCAUUUUCCCCAUUUACAUUUUUUUUUCUGUUUUCCAAGUGGCCAAAGACCUGAGUUCAUAGUUGUAUAUUUUUGUCCUGUUAGAGUUGACCUCCCUAACAGUCAAAACAGUAUAAAAACUUGGAGACUAAAAUCUUUGACCUUUUCUCAGGUACAACUUGAAAUCUCCCCCCUCCCCAAUAUGUAUGGGCUGAAUAACUGGGUCUGUGUCUUGUUGUCUUUAUGUGUAUGACUCAGCACCUAGUAAAGCCAUGGGAAUUUUGAUUGCUGUCCUCAGUGGAUGCAGAUGAAGCCUGUAAGCACUGACUUCAGUGGAAUUGCUCUGAAUAAGGGUUACAGGAUUGGAUCCUUAGUGAUUGCAUCAGAUCUUGCACAGGAAAGAAAUCUCUGAACUGUGAACUUGGAGAUUAUGUAGGGAAAGCCAUUUAGUCCAUUUUGGAUACCAUGGUGAUGGGCUAUGCAUAAAAAACUGGAUAGAAAGUAUUUUUUUUUGUAAUUGUCUAUGUAUUCGUGAUUAUUUGGGAUCUCAGACAGCUUGUAAAAUAUUUCAUUUCACUUUUAAGCUAUAGAAAACUGUUUGUUUAGAGUAGAAACAUUGUAAGCAGGAACUGUUGUGGAAAGCUGCAGAUUUUAUAGUAUGAGAUAUAAAAUAAGUCAUGAAGUUGUGUAGCUGGGACAAUAUCUAAUUUGUGAACUCUUCUACUGUCGCGUACAGCGGAUGAAAGUGACCAUUCUUAAAUGGCUUACACAGAAAGGACUUGCUGAGAUUCAAGAUAACAUUGAGAGCUGAUGUGGUUUCCAACAACAACAAAAUCCUCUUGAAAAUACUAUGUCCUUUGAAACUGUUUGGACGUAUUGUAUGUUCUGUAAUUAUAUGUAACCAGGAGCUGAUAGUAGACUGAUGCAGAAUUAUAGGAUAAAAGACCAGGAACCCAUUUCCUUGGUUAUGUGACAGAACAUGUGAAAUGAAUGGGAAUGCAGAGCUUCAUUAAGGAGCUGAUCUAAAGUUGCUGUGUGAGACAGCUAUUUUUAGUUUAACUCUGUUAAUAUUGGUAUUAAAACAUUGAAUGUGUGAUAAAUAAUUUUAUCUUUUGUGCAUGUUUUAUAAGUGGUCAAAAAUGUAUUUAUAUUAUUUCAGUAGGUGACACGGUUAUCUAAUCCAUCUGAUUUGAAGCACUCUAAAUCAGUGAAUAUGCCCAUAAUGAAAAUUUAUGCUGUCAUACAACACCUGCAGUGAUCCCAGUACCAAUGUCUCAAAACAAUAUUUUCUAAUAUAUGUAAUUUAAAUGGGAAUGUCACUAGUGCAUUUAUGGAUUUGGUUUGAAUUUUUCUAAAUAUGUUUUCUGCCCAUAUUUAGAACACAUAUCAAAGAAAAUCACAGCAAAUAGUUGGUAAGUUGUGUUGCAACUAGUGAAUUAUGUGCACUAAAAAUUCAUUUGAGUCAAUUUUUUUGGAAAACUUAAUAUGAUAAUGAAAAAUCUUGUUUAAAAUAUCUACAGCAUGUUGCCAUGAACAUUUCAACAUAUAUUUCUUGGACUGAAAAAAUAAAUACUUUAACUCA